ACUGCUUUCUCUUAUCUCACAAAAGCGGAUACUUUUUUAUCAAUUCCUUUUUUUGGAACCAAAAGAAGAACAAAAAGCAAAAAGCGCAAACCUUUUGGAAAAUGGAGGCGAACAGCUUGUGGCAAAAAUGGGUUGAGCAAGCGGUUUCAAAGCUCGAAUCUCUCAAACUGCUUCGAUCUUUAAGACCCCUUUAUCUUUCCAGCGUGCGACAGGAAGUGGCCAAUGUUGGAAUUUCCAAUGAAGAAGAGUACGAGUUGUUCGAUGCAGUGCAGCCAUGGGAUCGUUCCUCCAUCGAAGUCUCUAUCUCUGAAGCCACUUACCGUAAGUGGCUUCUUGAGGUUCCCAGUUCUGGAGAUGAGAUUGUCCUUAGAGAAGGAUUAGCUGAUGAUAAAUUUGGCACGUGUCAGCAGCAAUUCAAGCGGCUAAUUUUGUUCUCUGGAAAUGAUUAUUUGGGCUUGAGUUCACAUCCAGCAGUUCGAAAAGCGGCUGCAAAGGCAGUCCAAGAGUAUGGAAUGGGCCCAAGGGGCUCUGCUUUAAUCUGUGGAUAUACUUACCACCAUAGAUUACUGGAGUCAAGCUUGGCAAGUUUAAAGAAGAAGGAGGAUUGUCUUCUUUGUCCUACAGGGUUUUCAGCCAAUAUGGCAUUUAUGGUAGCACUUGGAAACAUAGCAACUCUCCUUGCGGCAGGCAACAAGCCUUCGAAGGAUGAAAAAAUUGCCAUUUUUUCUGAUGAACUGAACCAUGCAUCAAUAAUCGAUGGUAUUCGUCUUGCUGAAAGACAAAGAAGUGUAGAAUUCUUUGUAUAUAAACACUGUGACAUGUCCCAUCUCAACGCACUGUUAUCAAGUUGCAAAAUGAAGAAAAAGGUUGUUGUGACAGAUAGCUUGUUUAGCAUGGAUGGAGACUUUGCACCUAUGGUGGAGCUUGUGGAGCUACGCAAGAAGCAUAGCUUCUUGUUAGUCAUUGAUGAUGCACAUGGAACAUUUGUUUGUGGCAAGAGUGGCGGAGGAGUGGCAGAGGAAUUCGAUUGUGAAAGAGAUGUUGACAUAUGCAUUGGAACUUUGAGCAAGGCAGCAGGUUGUCAAGGUGGAUUCAUUGCCUGCAGCAAAAAGUGGAAGCAACUCAUCCAAUCAAGGGGCCGUUCCUUCAUAUUUUCUACUGCGGCUCCAGUUCCUUUAGCCGCUGCUGCGCAUGCUGCUGUUAUUGUGGCAAAAAGAGAGAUGUGGCGUAGAAGAGCACUUUGGGACCGGGUGCAGGACUUUCGUGCUCUGACUGGAAUCCCUAUCUCCAGUCCAAUAAUAUCUCUUAUUGUGGGAAGCGAAGAGAAAGCCCUGAAAGCUAGCAGGCAGUUGCUGAAAUCCAGCUUCCACGUGACUGCAAUCAGACCACCAACAGUGCCGCCCAACUCUUGCAGGUUGCGAAUCGCUCUGAGUGCAGCACACACAACUGAUGAUGUGAAGAAGCUCACAGCUGCACUUUCCAGUUACAUCAACUUUCGAGAUAUUGGCAGUAAUUAUAGCCUCAACAUAUAUUCUAAGCUAUAGGAUCUGAUUAUUUUUGAAGGACUGCAAAGGUUUAACAUGUGUACUUAUGUAAGAGAACAGGCAUGUAAUAAUGUGGAUGAUUGAGAUAAACUGAUUUAGAUCAGGAUUCAAUUUGAAUGGGCUUGGCUUUGCCAUACAUUUAUUCA